GUAAGUCAGAAGAGCCGCAGCGGCUUGGUGCUGGAUGAAGUCGGCGUGACAGAUAGCGUACGGGACGGCGCUGCGGGAGGUUGAAUCGUUAUUGUCGGGGAAAAUUAGUAUAUGUACAUAAACGCUGAAAGGCGACACCAUGGCUUUUUACGAGUAUGUCACCAAGGAGCAGCUGGCUGGCUUCGACAAGUACAAGUACAGCGCGGUCGACUCGAACCCCCUGUCCGUCUACGUCAUGCACCCGUUCUGGAACUCCGUGGUCAAGGUGUUACCCACCUGGCUGGCUCCUAAUCUCAUCACCUUCACAGGGUUCAUGUUCCUCGUCCUCAACUUCCUCAUGCUGGCCUUUUACGACUUUGACUUCUCCGCGUCAGCUGAAGGUCACGUCCACGUGCCAAGUUGGGUGUGGGUCGCGGCUGGCCUCUUCAACUUCCUGGCGUACACGUUAGACGGCGUGGAUGGCAAGCAGGCUCGGAGGACCAACUCGAGUACGCCACUGGGGGAGCUGUUUGACCACGGCUUGGACAGCUGGGCCUGCAUCUUCUUCGUGGCCACGGUCUACUCCAUCUUCGGCAGGGGGGUGACGGGCGUGAACGUGACCACGCUCUACUACAUCCUGUGGGUGGUGCUGUUCUCCUUCAUCCUCUCCCACUGGGAGAAGUACAACACCGGCAUCCUCUUCCUCCCCUGGGGCUAUGAUGUCAGCCAAGUGACCAUCUCCAUCGUGUACAUUAUUACGGCCGUUGUGGGUGUGGAGACGUGGUACAUCCCAGUCUUUUGGAAUUUCCACUACAGAGACCUGUUCACGAUUAUGAUUCUGGGUUGUUCCUUUGCUGUGACUCUUCCGAUGAGUCUUCGCAACGUCUUUAAGGCGUACCGCAGCAACACGCUGAAGCACAGCUCCCUGUACGAGUCGUUCCUGCCCUUCCUCUCGCCCGUGCUCCUCUUCCUCCUCUCCACCCUGUGGGUGCUGCUCUCCCCCAACGGCAUCCUGCAGCUGCAGCCCCGCGUCUUCUACCUCAUGGUGGGGACUGCCUUCGCCAACGUCACGUGUAAGCUGAUCGUGUGCCAGAUGAGCAACACGCGCUGCCAGCCGCUGAGCUGGCUGCUGCUGCCCAUGGGCGCGGCGGUGCUGCUGGUGGCCACGGGCACGGUCACGCACGCCGAAACGCUGCUCCUCUACGCCUGGACCGGCGUGGUGGUGCUGGCGCACGUGCACUACGGCGUCUCAGUGGUGCACCAGCUCAGCGACCACUUCAACAUCUGCGCCUUCUCGCUCCGGAAGCCCGGGGCGGACUGACUAGACGGGGAGGAGAAGGUCGGUCUGCAGGCUGCGGAGGUUUAGACUGUCCCAGCAGCCCUCCGGCGCCGCAGCCCAUCACCACGGACACCGACGAACACCUUCCCGCGAGGAGAUCCAUCAUCCCUGCCUCCCUACCCCCCACACACCCCCCCCUCGAAACAUCAGCCCCCACCGUCACUGUCAUCGUCGGCUAUUUCCAUUGGCCUGUCGGGAGGUUUGGCUUUUUCCAUAGUUUUUUUUUUUUUUUUGCCCCCCCCCACACCCCCCACCCCGUACAACAAAUGAGGUUCCGCUGGUUUGGUUUCCAUGGGAGGUGUUCCUCUGCCGAUUCCAGCAGCUCAGCUCCGCACCCUGGCCCCGCCAAGCCGUCCCACAGUGCACCUCUGCUCCGCAAGCAGAACGUACGGUCGAGGAAGCAUCGCGUUCCUUCACGUUUAUAACGUCUUUAUGAAUGUAACACAUUUUCACCUUUCGGAGAAAAUGUCCUCUUUCUCCCCCUCCCCCCCUUUUUUUUUUUAGAUCACAGCUCUGGUUUGGAUCGGCGGGCGUUUCUGAAACUCAACGUUUUGGAACGCGCCGAACGUUCUUUUGUCUUUUGUCGGACGCUAACGCUUUGGGGGUUCCCCUCCUGCGUCUCCUCUCACACGUGUUCAGCGCCCAGAAUUCUACAGCCUGCGACCUGAACGCGUCUGUGCAACGCAGGACUGGCGUUAACAAACCCUGACGACGAAGGCCACGGGUUCCAAAAGAAGAAGCAAGAAGGCAACUUUCGGCAACGGUUUUUUUUUUUUUUUUUUCUCCCCCCCCCCUUUCCCCUCUCGAUAUUAGCCGGGAACCACUAUGACGAUGUUUAAAGCGUACUUAGGUGCAGUACUUCUGCCUUAAAAAACUGGACAUUGCAACAGCUUAUUGUAUCAUAAUCGUGAUUCCAGAGGACUGCAGUCAUUCGGAACCAAAUGUACACCACAGGAAGGGGUCGUGUUCGCGUUCGACCUUAAACCAGCCGGCGAGAGAAGAUCGCUCAAGUCCAACGUGUUUUACUUGUCAGUUGAAAUUGCGCAGACUGAAUUUUCGAAUCGAGUUCUGAGAUGUCCAGUGGUGGUGUGUCAGCAUGCCGAUUUUCGUAACGCCCCCUUAAUCCUUUUAUUUUCCUUUUUUUUUUUUUUUUUUGAACCUCUGGUAGGCUUGAUUGAGUUUACCUCAUGCUUGAAUGAAGAGUUCGCCUGAAACCCGCUACAGGAAAGGGUUAACUCUGAAGAAACAAGCAUGGUUUCGCACACCCUUAUUUAAACGAGAUGAACCACUAGUUUUCCGUUUGUAAACAUGUCUGAUGUCUAUACAUGUCUUAUGAGUUAAUGCUAUCAUUAUUCUUGUGAUUAGCUGUGUACUGGUCUUGUCAAGAUGGUGGGAGUUGGUCAAAGAUGCGCUGGUGUAAAGUUUAUAUGUUGCCAUAGAUUCAGUUCCAGUAACUGUGAACUGGAAAGUAUCAACACUUAUGUAUAUAUAAUAUAUAUUUCUUUUUCUCUUUUUUUAUAGAAUAGUUCACUUUAAAACAACUUCAAUUUUAUCUCUCCCCAAACAACCCAUAAAAAUUCAAUAUCACGGUUUAUGUUUUUGAAGACUAUUUUCAGACCGACUUGAUGCAGUGGAGUUUCUAUUUAAGGGUAACGUGUACUGGAAGGUACCGCAUGAGUGUUGUCAGAUUGAAGGAGUGAGUUUCUUUCAUUUGUGGUUUGUUUUCUCUCCUCUGCUCUUUGGCUGGGGUUGUUGGAGCAAAUAUUUGUGAAUUUGCUCCAAUCGGAAAUCGUAGCCAGAUGAUUUGAGAAAAUUUGUGUGGUCUUUCGGGUUGAAGUGAUGGUUGCAGAAUCCAGUUUUGCGUUCCAUAGAAAUUGCAUGAAGGUCAUCAGAAGAGAGCUUGGGGUCAGCUGGAAGUAUUUGGCAUUCUGGAUAUUUUCUUGGUAAUGAUCAUUGUAGUUUGUAUUAACCAUCACCAUUUAUCUAACUUUAAUCCUUAACCUCCUGUAAUCCUGUAUCGUGGAAAUGUACACUUGAGAAAUGUACAGUAUAUUAAAAUCCAAGAGUUAAAUGAAUAUAUAAAUAUAUAUAAACGUGCUGUUAAAUGACCGCAAGAGCAGCAGUUAUUCAAAAACAGGUUUUGUGGAUGACUGCUUUCACAACACCUGACGGUCAAUGACAAUGGUGCCUUUGCUCUCUCCUCCACCAGGUGGCACUGUUUUGCCUGGUGACGUUGCUGCAGGCUCACCAGAAUGCACUAUAGCUACAUGUUGUGUCACUGUGCCAUUGUGGUGUUAUUGGGGUGGGGCGGGGCUUUCCUGUAGACACCCUGUUGUAAAAUGGACACGUGCUCUGAUAUGUGAAUAGUGUGAAAGACUACAGUGUAAACUGUAAAGUGGGGGGGGUGGGGGGGGGGGGCUUAAGCCGUUUUAUUAGAAUGGCUUCCCGUACCAUUUCACGAGAAAAUCAACUGGAUUUUAAAUGGGGAUGAAGCUGCUCAGUUCAUACAUCAGACGAUGGGGUGCGGUCCUCAUUGCCUGCUUUGUGGGGGUGUGCACGUGUGUGUGUGCGUGUGUGUGUGAGUGUAAAUGCAGUUGGGAUUUAGUUUCAUUUGCAAACUGGAUGCUAGGCUACCCAGACCUUUGAACUUUUUGGGCAUUGUCAAGAACCUUGGCUUGAAAGCUUAUGACAAAUUCGCUAUCACAGUAAAUUCGGUCUAAUAACAUUAAAAUGUCUUGUUUACUUUUUUCUUUUUCUUUAAAAAAAUGGAUCUUCAUGUGUCUCGUUAAUGUACCAACAGCGGGGACAAAUGGUUAUCAUAAAUAAUGCGUCGGUUAUUAAUUGGCUUGCUGCACGAGUACAUACUUGAAUAUUCAACGCGACUUCCUUGCUUUAAUUGGCAGUUCUGAGAAAUGCACCCGCGUUCUUACCGCUGCGCUCCUGUGUUCUUGCAAGCGUUUGUCUUUCCGGUGCAUAACAUCCAUCACGCAAAAGUACCACUGGUACUAGGCGUAGGCGUACGUUCCCCUAACGCACAAAAGUGACUACUUGUUUUCAAUGGGUGACAUACGCAGAUCCAUCGCAAGUAGUUUCCAUGGCGUUGCCCGUGCCACCCGUUCGAAAGAAAACAGUGACGAUUUUGCCGCUUCGGCGAGUGCAUAUGCGAGCGAACAGUUGCACACCGCCUGCGAAAUUUAAUAUUACGUUGUCAGUGGCCUGUACGCGCCGCACAUCAAAUAUUAACUGUUCUACCUCAUGGUAUGUUAGCACCGAUGACGCGGGAACGUAUUUGGGACGUGAAUGUGCAGGUCAGUGGUGGAAUUCUUUUUUUUUUUUAAUUUAAUUUAUUUUUUAUUUAAUUUUUUUUUUUUUUUUGCAGUGUCGUUUAAAAAUGUAUUUCUUCACAAUAGUUACUAAAAAUCUAGCACGUUUUUGCAGAACAGCUUUUUUGCUUGUUGAUGCUGCACUGACUUCUUGAUAUCUAUAUUUUCUUUUUCUUUCUUCCUGGAGUAGAGGAAUAUUAGGGAUCCUGUCUCCACUGACUGUAUUGCUGAGCCUUCUGUGUCACUGGAUUUCAAAUGGAUUGCAGGUUCCCCAGGUAUACAUUACAGUUAUGUGGCCCAGGUGCUACAGGUGUGAAUUAGCCUCUGAGCUUCUGUCUGUUUGUCUGCUGUUCAUUGAAAUGCAUUUCUAGAAUUUGGUAACUACUGAACUUGGAUGCCAUCAACAUGUGUCCUUUGACUUGCAAGUUAAUACAAACUUGUAUUUAUUUUUCUUUAAUUUUUUUGGUUGGGCUUUUUGCUUUUGAAUCAAACUUUUAGUUAGUUUUUGUGUUAAAUAUAUAUUUUUUUUUUGAGGGGGUAUUUGUGAUGAAGGAGGGAAAAAAAUAUCCUGGGCAUUUUAUUUGUAAGUCAAAAGUUAAGGACACAAUUUUGAUAGUCCAGACCUAUGUGUCAAAUGGGGUUGUCAGUUGUUCUGUCCUCAGGAGCCAAGUCGGUGGCGAUUUGUAAUUGAGAAUAAGGCAAGAAGCCUUGCCAAGAUGGUUGGUUUGGGUGCUCCCACAAACACCUUCGCCUUGACCGUGACUGAAAUUGUAACACGUGGUAUUGUACAUUUCCACAAACAAAGGAACUCUUUUUUUGCUUUACGACCUUUUGGUUGUUUGUACAUUUGUAAAUGUGAAUCUAUUUGCAGUGUGAGUUCUAAAUCCUGAAUGAAACGUUUGCAGAGACGAAUGUGAAAAUGGAAGCAGCCUCCUGUAGUAUUCCUAAAAUGAAAUGUUUUGCUAAGUGCAUAAUAAUCUGAUCUAGUACAAUCACUUCCCCCCCAUUAUUAAUGUUAUUAACCCAUUUUCAUAAGCCCGUUUCCUGAAAUGCCCUGGUAAGAUUGUGGGUAAUAUGUCAAAAACAUGUUACCAUCACAACCGGUGUGUUCUAUUGUAUCCAGUGUGUAUUCCAUCUUCUGUUGUAUCUGUCUCACCCGUCCAUACCAGGUGCAUUACAGAUUUUAUUCCUACCUGUGUGUUUUUGUGUAAAGUCAGUUUGUCUGCUUACCCACUGGAUUGGAGGACUGGUUCCCCGACUUGACUCUCAGAAUGCCUUCUCUGAAUUUCCUGGUGCAAUUUAAAAAAAAAAAAAAUAUUUAAACCGGACAUUGCGCUUCCCUUCCACAAAAUUGAAUGCACUGCAAAUGUUAUCCUUCGUGUUUUUUCAGUCGCCCUAAACAAGAAAUGUUGUUGUGCCCCCCCCCCAACAUGCUCCAAUGGAAAAUCACUAAAUCACAUUAAAAACAAAAGAAAAACUUAAAUUGGGCCCCAGGGACGGUUGUGUUCAUGCCCGAAGUCAGCUCGGACGUUAACACAACCUGAGACGAUAUUGCGAUGCUCGACAUUAUAUAGACUAAUUCACUAUUGCGUCUUUCAGGUAUGGAUUUUUUUU